UGUGUAUUCCAUUUCCCCUUGAUUGGAGAAAAGGAGCCUGUAGAGACAGAUGUUACUAUGAAAGUAAGACUACAGGAAAUUCCCAGUCAGUUCUCUCAUCAGGGACCAGUACUACUUCACACACCUGCACAAGUGAUUUGAACCAGCAUAAACAACUCAGGUUAAAUUAAUUAUUUCCGCAGCAGAGCUUCUUGCAGAAGGACCACCACACUGGUUUGCACUUAGGAAAAUAUGAACAUAAACAGGGAGUGUUGUCCUCUCUGAACUAAAAAAAAAAAAAAAAAAAAAUUUAAAAAAAUCUGUGCCUUGUUGAGAACAGCUGCAGGAGUUGGACACUUGAAUCAAUGUUAUCGGAUGAGUUAGAAUCCAAACCUGAGCUGCUGGUUCAGUUUGUUCAAAAUACUUCUAUUCCACUGGGACAAGAACUAGUGGAAUCAGAACCAAAAGACAUCACCUGUCUCUCUCUGCUUCCUGUUACUGAGACCUCAGAAUGCAACAGACUCAUGUUGCCAGAUGAUGAAAGAGAUCUCACUUCUCCAAGUCACACUAAUUCUUCCAAAGAUGUUUCUUCAUCUGCUGUCUUGAGAAGUCUCCAGGUAAAUGUAGGCCCUGAUGAAGAGGAAACAAGGGCACAGAACGUACAGAAACCAUCUGAACUUCUGUCAACUCCAGAAACUUCUAAUUUAUUGCAAGACUUCCAGCCUAGUGACAGCACUUCAUUCAUUCUUCUCAAUCUAACAAGAGCAGGGCUGGGGUCUCCCGCAGAGCACUUGGUGUUUGUUCAAGAUGAAGCAGAAGAUUCUGGCAAUGACUUUCUCUCCCACGAUAGCACAGACAGCAGUACUCCAUGGUUCCUACGAGUGCAAGAAUUGGCCCAUGACAGUUUAAUUGCUGCCACUCGGGCACAGCUCGCAAAGAAUGCCAAAGCAAGCAAUAAUGGGGAAAAUGUUCAUCUUUGCACAGGAGAUGGGCAGCCAAAAGAUUCAAGCCCCAUUCCUCAUUUAUCUCGUGUGGAAAGAAAGCUGAAGUGCACAGUUGAGGGUUGUGAUCGGACAUUUGUAUGGCCAGCUCACUUCAAGUAUCAUCUGAAAACACACCGUAACGACCGCUCCUUCACCUGCCCAGCAGAAGGUUGUGGAAAAAGUUUCUACGUCUUGCAGAGGCUGAAGGUGCACAUGAGAACUCACAAUGGUGAAAAACCCUUUGUGUGCACAGAACUGGGCUGUGGUAAACAGUUCACAACAGCUGGAAAUCUGAAGAACCACCUACGAAUUCACACUGGGGAAAAACCCUUUCUGUGUCAGGCACAGGGAUGUGGUCGCUCCUUUGCUGAAUACUCCAGUCUUCGGAAACAUUUGGUUGUCCACUCAGGAGUGAAGCCCCAUCAGUGCCAAAUUUGUGGGAAGACAUUUUCCCAGAGUGGUAGCAGAAAUGUGCAUAUGAGGAAACACCACUCCCGAAUUGGAACAGCUGGCAGCAGGGAGCGAGAACAGCCAGAGUCACUGAUGGGCAGCAGUUUGCUGGAAGAAUCAACAGUGCAUAGUAAGAAUCUCAUCUCCAUGAACUCUCAGCCCAGCCUUGGUGUUGAGUCUCUGCACCUGCCAGACACUGAGUCAAUUAUUGGAGUAGAAGAGGGUGAGACCAGCUGCUCUUUUUUCCGCCCUCUUAUAUGUGGUGACUGAGAUGGAAUCAAUCAUUCCUCUUUGAGGCUCACCAUAUUGCAGUGGGGUGAAUGAACAUUACUUUAACUGUGCACAGAGGGGUGGGUAGAUAGUGGAUGAAUCCUAAAACUGGAGUUGGAGAUCUGCUGGACCAAGUUUCUCUCUUGCAGAGCUUGAAAGGUGAAGUCUGCUUAGGUGUCACUUAGCCCAUGUUGUGGAACACCAUUACAAAACUGCUUAUGCAGUCCAUCUCCUAAAGCCUAAACUGUUUGUUUUGCUGGAGCACCUAGGAGCCCCAGCUAAGGACCAGGACCUCAUUGUGCUAGGCACUGUUCAAAUAUUCAGUAUCUUGAGCAACAGGCCUUCCUUCCACCCUUUACCUUCAGAGACUAUAUUCUAAUACAUCUCACUGUCAGAAGCUGACUUACUAUAUGAAAUAAAUGUACUACUUGAUAUCA